AUGACAGCACAACGCAUUGUACCUUCUGACCGUGAGGUCGAGGAGGUCCAGAGAGCAGGGUCCCAGGUGGAUCUUAUCCGCCAGGCCCAACAGAGCGACGAAGAAGACCGAAAGCUGACUAUCCGGCAAGCGGUGGUCAAGUACAAGAAGGCGGUCUUGUGGGCGAUGUUUCUGUCGACAAGUCUGGUCAUGGAGGGUUAUGAUCUUGUGCUAGUCAGCUCCUUUUACGGUCAGACCCAGUUCAAAGAACGAUUUGGUGUAUACGAUGAAGCAUCGAAACAGAAACUCAUUCCGGCCGAGUGGCAAUCCGGCCUCGCGAAUUCUGCCCUGGUUGGCCAAUUGGCCGGGCUAGUGAUCAACGCAGUCUGCCAGGAUCGAUUUGGCUGCCGCCGGACGAUGAUGUUCUUCAUGGCGUGGAUGACUGUCGUUAUUUUCAUCCCCGUCUUUGCCCCCUCACUCCCGGUUUUGGCGUUUGGAGCAGCCAUGUGUGGUGUUUCCUGGGGCGUGUUCCAGACACUAUCAACGACAUAUGCUUGCGAGGUGGUGCCCACGAUCCUCAGGCCCUAUGUCACUGCAUACGUCUGCAUGUGCUGGGGCGCUGGAAUUACUCUUUCAUCGGGUGUCGUGCGAGCCGUAGCCAGUCUGAAAGGUGACAUGGGCUGGAGGCUUCCAUUCAUUCUACAGUGGAUUUGGCCCAUUCCUCUGAUUAUUGGAGCCUAUUUUGCGCCGGAGUCACCUUGGAAUUCAGUGCGUCGCAAUAACGAAGAAGAGGCGAGAACCAGCCUGCGCCGGUUGUAUCAAGAUAUGCCGGGGCGAGAACAGCGCGUGGAACAGGCCCUCGCAUACAUCAAAUACACCACUGAGAUGGAGAAGUUGGAAUCAGCCGAUGCAAGCUUUCUUGAAUGCUUCAAAGGGACCAAUCUGCGGCGAACAGAGAUUAACUGCGUCGUCUGGGCCGCCCAAAUCCUCUGCGGAAACGCGAUCCUUGGCUACGCAGUGGUCUUCCUCCAAGCUGCGGGUUUCAGCGAGAUUCAGGCCUUCAACAUCAACAUUUCGCUAUCAACCUGUUAUAUCGCUGGUGGCAUGAUCUGCUGGCUUCUCUUCCCACACCUGGGGAGGGCGACGAUUUAUAUGAGUGGGCUGACUUUCAUGUUCUGCUGUCUCGUCACAAUCGGAGGUCUCUCCUGGGGUCCAGGCACGGAUGCACAGCUGGGCAUCGGCAUUCUCCUUGUGAUUUCCACCUUGUGCAACAUGAUCACCAUCGGACCAGUUUGCUACCCGAUUGUUGCAGAGACGCCAUCCGGGCGAUUGCGGUACAAAACGAUUACCAUCGGACGGUUCGUGUACAACGUCACCGGCAUCUUUACUAACUCUGUCACCCCACGCAUGCUAUCGACGACAUCCUGGAACUGGGGUGCCAAAACGGCAUUCUUUUACGCUGGAACAAAUCUUCUUUGCAACAUGUGGUGCUGGUUUCGACUUCCCGAAACAAAAGAUCGUACCUUUGGCGAGAUCGACAUGCUAUUCACUCACCGGGUCCCGGCAAGGAAGUUCAAGUCUACCCAUGUGGAUCGUAUGUCAAUGCCCGCGUGUUGGUGUAAAAUCUUGUACUGACUGCUGGCUAGAAUUUGCCCACGGGGGAGACUACCUGUCCAAGGGAGAGACGGAGCACAAUGAGAUUGCUUAGUUCGGACACUGUGUGCCGGAAAUGGAGUGUAAAGGCGUGGUGUUGCGUUGAAUCUGUGCCAGUCGCUUGCGUAGGGUUGUAGUUGGAAUUGCAGGAUAGAGUCGGCGAAUAAACCAAUUGAGAUGAAUAUACCGUGACUCCAUUGCUCUGAGCCAAGAAUUUCCAAGCUAUACCGAUAGUAGCGAGCGUACCACAACUUUUCUAAACAGUGAUAGUCCCCAGCCAUCGGGUAAUGU